GCCGUGAAAGCAGUUUCCGGUUUAUUAUAAACAUCAACAACAUAGAGUAAGGCACGAAACCAUCAUGGCAAGUGCUGAUGUAGAGAAACCAUUUUUAGAAUACAGUGGUCCAAAGGAUGGAGUAACAUAUCCUAUACAAGUUUUAUAUUGUGGAGAAUGUACCAUGCCUAUAGAGUAUUGUGAAUAUUAUCCUAACUAUGAAAAAUGUAAAGAAUGGCUAGAAAGACAUCUACCACAAGAAUUUCAAAAGUUGACCACAGGUGAUGGAGAUGGUGAGAAAGACGAUGCAGAUGAUAAAAAGAAAAGACAGACUAGAGGUGGGAAGGGAAUGUUAAAAGCUAAGAAAAAAGCUGAACCUAAAGGUAUUAAAAUGUGGACACAAUCUCGAGGGAAGAAGAAAAAGAUUACAACUCUUGUGGGUUUAGCAGAUUAUGAUAUAGAUUUAAAAGUUGCCAGUAAAUUUUUUGCCAAUAAGUUUUCCUGUGGUGCAAGUGCCAAUGACAGUGGUGAAAUUGUCAUACAGGGUGAUGUGAAAGAUGAUCUAUUUGAUAUUCUUCCUGAAAAAUGGCCUCAGAUUGAUGAAGAUUCUAUCAAUGAUUUAGGUGAUAAGAAAUAACUAUAUUUAUAUUAUAUUGUAAAUAAACUUUAAAUCAAUCAGA